GUUGGCCUAUACUGUGCUCCUGCCCAUGAUGGAGCAGAUCAUGCGAAGGUUCUGGGAACGAAGUCUUCGUGCGCAGCUUCGCCGUGAAGACGGCUUGCAUGCCGUGUCGUCUUAUGUCGUGCAUGAAGCUGUCUACAUGAUCAAGACGGUCAAGUGCUUCAGCGGAGAGGACAAACACGUUGCUCUGGUAUCGCUUGCGGCGAAGGAUGCCAUGAAGGAAGCCUCCCCAAAUGGAGGUCCUUUAUUGUCUAGGCUCCGUGGAGUGAGGCACGGAAUCGCCCACCUGCUUCCAGACAUUACGCAGCGUGCAGUCUACUGUUUUUGUCUCUGGUGCGGCCUUGUAUGGAUGGAGCGAGAUUUCUCCGCUGGCGACAUGACGGCGUACUUGCUUCUGAUCCAGCAGGUGGGCGGCUUGGUGCAGCGGGUGCGCCACCAAUUUUGGGAGCUCCAGUGGCGUCACGACCUUCUCUUGGAUCAUUUCGAGUUCAUGGAUCGUACGCCUCAAGUUGUCUCAGGGAUGCACACGGCUGAGGUUGGCGGAGACAUCGAGUUCCGAGAAGUGGAGUUCGCCUAUCCAGCACGCCCGGACGUUCAAGUUCUGAGGGGGGUGAGCUUUGAAAUGGCCCGUGGUCAGAUGACUGCGCUAGUUGGCGCAUCUGGCAGCGGGAAAAGUACAAUCGCAAGCCUUCUAUUUCGGCAUUACGAUCCUCUCGUUGGCGAGAUCUCGGUUGACAAGGUGAAGCUUUGCGAUUGGAAUACAAGUGCAUUGCACUCGCAAAUGGCGUUGGUUGCCCAGCAGCCCCUGCUCUUCGACACGAGCAUCCGAAAUAAUCUUACCUAUGGUUGCCGAAGGGAUGUACUUGACGAAGAGAUUGAGGCAGCUGCUCGCAUGGCGUCCGCGCAUGAUUUUAUCCUCGGAUUUCCAGCUGGCUACGACACCUAUGUUGGUGACCAAGGGGCUCACAUGUCCGGUGGUCAGAAGCAGCGGCUCAGCAUUGCGAGGGCUGUUAUCCUGAAGCCUCAGAUUCUGGUGCUCGACGAAGCGACGAGUGCUCUCGAUGCAGAAGCUGAGGGGGCUGUGCAGGACGCACUGGACACCGUCAUGUCCGGGCGAACGACACUUGUCAUCGCACACCGUCUUAGUACCAUCCGGAAUGCCCACAGCAUCGUCUGCAUGAGGGACGGGCAGAUCGUGGAGCGAGGUUCUCCUAAGGAGCUUCUGGCCAAACAAGGGUACUAUUGGAGCUUGGUGCGUCGCCAGGUCUGCACUCUUGAUGAUCUCUCCGACUUCAACCUGGCGUUGGACCAACAUCCUGCCGAGACUUUACAGGUGAGCCCAGCCAGCCAGGACAAAGCCUAG